AUGGCUAAGCCUGCAGACCAAAUCCACCGUGCCUGGUGGAAGGAAUCUUCCGUCUAUCAGAUCUGGCCCGCUUCCUUCAAGGACUCUAACGAUGAUGGUAUCGGCGACAUUCCCGGUAUUAUCUCUAAGCUGGAUUACAUCAAAAACCUUGGAGUUGAUAUUGUCUGGCUCUGUCCGUCUUACAAAUCGCCCCAGGUCGACAUGGGAUACGAUAUCGCAGACUACUACAGCAUCGCAGACGAAUAUGGCACGGUCGCAGAUGUGGAAAAGCUGAUUAAGGGUUGCCAUGAACGAGGCAUGAAACUCCUUAUGGACCUGGUGGUGAACCAUACGAGUGACCAGCAUGAAUGGUUCAAGAAAUCGCGAAGCUCCAAGGACAAUGAAUAUCGGAACUGGUAUAUCUGGAAGCCGCCCAGGUAUGACGAGCAGGGUAAUCGUCAUCCACCCAACAAUUGGGUCUCGCAUUUUCAGGGCAGCGCUUGGGAGUAUGACGAACUGACUGGCGAAUACUAUCUCCACCUCUAUGCCACUGAACAGCCAGAUCUCAACUGGGAGCACCCACCAGUCCGCAAAGCAGUGCACGAUAUCAUGCGGUUUUGGCUGGACAAGGGUGCGAAUGGAUUCCGCAUGGACGUGAUCAAUUUCAUCAGUAAAGAUCAACGCUUCCCUGACGCCCCAAUCAAGGAUUCCCGCACCCCGUGGCAAUGGGGCGAUAAAUACUAUGCCAACGGCCCUCGCUUGCACGAAUACCUGCAGGAUAUGGGCAAGAUCCUCAAAGAAUACGACACGUUCAGUGUUGGGGAGAUGCCCUUUGUCAAGGACACGGAGGAAGUGCUUCGCGCCGUCCGCUUUGACCGGAAUGAGAUCAACAUGAUCUUCAACUUCGAGCAUGUCGACAUAGACCACGGCACGUACGAUAAGUUCGAGCCGGGAAGCUGGAAGCUCACCGACUUGAAGGGUUUCUUCGAGAGAUGGCAGAAAUUCAUGUAUGAAAAUGAUGGCUGGAACGCUUUAUACUGGGAGAACCAUGAUCAGCCCCGGUCCGUUGACCGGUACGUGAACGCGAAGGAAGAGUACCGUGCUGCUACUGGCAAACUGCUAGCAACCGUCUUGGCAUUGAAAUCUGGCUCUCCCUUUGUUUACCAAGGACAGGAGAUUGGUAUGAGAAAUGUGCCAAUUGAAUGGGAUAUGAGUGAAUACAAGGACAUUGAUUGUCUGAAUCAUUGGAAUAGACUAUUGAAAAACCCCAAUGCCGACGAAAAGGCCCGGAAGAUCGCACGGCAAGAGUACCAAAAGAAAUCACGAGACAAUGGCCGCACACCAGUCCAAUGGACUGAAGCCCCUAACGGGGGAUUCACGGGCCCGAACGUGAAGCCCUGGAUGUCCGUCAAUCCAGACUUUAUAUAUUUUAAUGCCGAGAACCAGGUGAAGGACCCGAACUCGAUCUACCACCACUGGGCUUCUGUGCUCAAGCUGCGCAAGAAGUAUCUGGACAUCUUUGUGUAUGGCAAUUAUGAGCUGGUGGAUCGGGAAAGCCAGGAGAUUUUCGCUUACACCCGUCAAUAUGAGGAUCAGAAGGCGUUGGUGUUGGCUAAUUGGACUGACAAUGAAAUCGAGUGGGAUGCAUCUGCCAACGGAAUUGAUGAUAUCAAGGAGGUGCUUUUGGAUAGCUAUGAAGGUAUAGAGGAGACUCGGAAGAGGGUUUCGGGCUCAAAAUGGCCUCUUCGGCCGUAUGAAGCAUUGGUCGUGCUUGUAUAA